AUGACCACUACUGCUGCCCCCGAGACCACACCUUUCACCGACACGGGCGUCACCGUCGACGACUUCACCGAAUUCGACUAUGUCAUCGUCGGCGGCGGCACCGCCGGCCUCACGGUCGCGGCGAGGCUCAGCGAGGAUCCCUCGGUCACGGUCGGCGUCAUCGAGGCCGGCCUGUGGCGCCCCGAGGACCCCAAGAUCAACCUGCCCAUCAUGAUCGGCCAGACGCUCAUGAACCCGGACUACGACUGGUGCCUCCAGACCGAGCCCCAGGAGCACUCCAACGGCCGUAGCUACAUCUGGCCCCGAGGCAAGGUGCUGGGCGGCAGCAGCGCGCUCAACUUUCUCGUCUGGCAGCGCGGCUACUCGGGCGAGUACGACGACAUCGGCCGCCUGGGCAACCCGGGAUGGGGCUGGGACGACUUUGCCGGCUUCUGCCGCAAGAGCGACACCUUCCAGCCCCCCUCGUCGGAGCUGCAGAAGGCCAACCUGGCCACCUGCGACGAAAAGGUCCACGGCACCGACGGGCCCAUCCAGACGUCGUUCAGCGCGUGGUACACCGAGGCGCAGCGCCCGUGGUUCGACGCCCUCAAGAGCCUCGGCCUCAACAACGCCGUCGACGGCCUAAGCGGCAAGAACACGGGCCUCUGGGCGUCGCCCGCCACCGUCGACGCCAAGAAGCACGUCCGCUCCUACGCCGCCAACGCCUACUUUGCGCCCAACAAGGACCGCAAGAAUCUCAAGGUCAUUACCGGCGCCAACGCCUCCAGGCUCGAGUUCGAGAAGCCCAAGGACGGCGCUUCCGGCGACCUGGUGGCUACCGGCGUCCACUUCACCGUCGACGGCAAGAGCCACUUUGUCAAGGCCAGGCGCGAGGUGGUGCUGAGCGCCGGCACCGUCAAGAGCCCGCAGCUUCUCGAGCUCUCGGGCGUCGGCCGCGCCGAGGUGCUCAAGGCGGCGGGCGUCGAGCAGCUCCUCGAGCUCGACGUCGGCGAAAACGUCCAGGAGCACCUCUACUGCACGGCGUCGUUCAAGCUGGCCCCGGGCCACAUCACUUGGGACAAGAUGAGGAACGACGACUUUGCCAAGGCCGCCAUGGAGACGUACCACGGCGACGGCGAGGACCGCGGCAUCAUCGCUAGCGCCUUUUCGGGCUUCGCCUACGUGCCGCUCAAGCAGUUUAUGAGCGCUGAAGAGAUCCAGGCGAUCAAGGACGGCGUCAACCGCGUCGACUGGUCCAAGUACUCGAAGGGCGUCCAGGAGGGCAUCAAGAUGCAGCUGGCGCGCCUCGACGACGAAGAGUGCCCGUUCAUGGAGUACAUCUUCGCCCCGGGCUUCUUUGCCACCGCCUCGCCGCCCCAGGACGGCCAGGAGUACUACAGCAUCCUCUCGGCGCUCCAGCAGCCCUUCUCGCGCGGCAACAUCCACAUCACGUCGAGCGACCCCACGGCGGCGCCGCGCAUCGACCCGAGGUACUUUUCCGUCGACGCCGACCUCGAGAUCCUGUCCAAGGCGGUGCGCUACAGCAGCACCAUGGCCGAGGCCCCCUCGCUCAAGGACAUCACCGUCGGGCGCCAAGACCCGGACCCGGAGAAGUACAAGACCGAGGACGACUUCCGCGAGUUCACAAAGGACCAGGCGGUGACCGAGUACCACCACAUCGGAAGCUGCAGCAUGAUGCCGCGCGCAAAGGGCGGCGUCGUCGACGAGCGCCUCCGCGUCCACGGUACCGCCAAUGUGCGCGUCGCCGACGCCAGCAUCAUCCCGCUCCACGUGUCGUCGCACAUCGUCUCGGCCGUCUACGCUGUGGGCGAAAAGGCGGCGCACAUGAUCAAGGAGGACGCCGCCGCCGCCGCCGCCACGGGCGCCACGUCGGGCGGUCUCCUCUCUCGCAUAGCGAAUGACAUUGCCUCGAAGCUCUCGCUCUAG